CCCCUGGGUCUCCGAGGUGCUCACCCCCAGUCGGGGAUCAAACACGCGCGGGUGAAAUGGCUGCAGCUCAAAUUUUCGGUGUGGGCGAAAACUGUAAGCUAUCGUGGGGAGAUGCUGCAGCAGAUUAUGAUGAAACAGACGAACAUUUGCAAAUCAUGGGGAAACCUGUCAUGGAAAGGUGGGAAACCCCCUAUAUGCAUAAACUGGCUUCAAUAGCUGCGUCGAAAGGUGGCCGUGUACUUGAGCUAGGCUUUGGUAUGGCAAUUUCAGCGACGAAAAUCCAGACCUUUCCCAUAGACGAGCAUGUUAUCGUUGAAUGCAAUGAUAAUGUCUUUAAACGGCUGGAAAAGUUUGCUCAAAUAGCUGAGAAGAAAGUGACUGCUUUGAAAGGUUUGUGGGAAGAUGUUGUUCCCAGCUUACCUGAUGGUUCAUUUGAUGGCAUCAUGUAUGACACAUACCCCUUGUCAGAAGAAACAUGGCACACACAUCAGUUUAAUUUUAUCAAAGACCAUGCCUUCCGACUUCUGAGGUCAGGCGGAGUACUUACAUACUGCAACCUGACUUCUUGGGGAGAAUUGUUGAAGACAAAGUACAAUGAUAUUGAAAAGAUGUUUGAGGAGACUCAAGUUCCAGAAUUACUCAAAAGUGGGUUCCUUGAAGAAAACAUAUCAACUGAAGUCAUACAGGUUGAUGUGUCACUCGAUUGCCGCUACUAUAGCAACAGGGAAAUGAUUGCUCCAACAGUCAUUAAGCAGUGAAACUUGCUUAAGUCUUCCAUUAUUUCAGUGAAUUGUUUAAGAGUGUACUCCACAUAUAUUUAUCAUGAACUUUAAUUCCAACCUGGAGGCAAGUGAUAAGCACCAUCCAUUUCAUUUCUCAUGAAUUUUCUUUUUGGUGAGAUUACUGUCAACUGAAUUCACAGAUAUUUAUGUAGCUCUUGACUGAUGCUACCACAUCAUUGCUCCUAUUGUGAAGUAUUGAUGAAUUUUACAGGACAUUACUGUCACCUUUCAUGACCAAUAGGCAUGAAUCACCACCCUUUUAGCAGAAAGGGCUAUUUAUUUUAUUUAACAAUAUGUGUGAAACAAACUUGGAAGGGUUUUGGUAAAGAUCAAAUGAAACAUGCUUACAUGCAUACUGGUUACUUUUUAUAACAUGAUGCAGAUGGCUAAGGCUUCACAUAUGAAAAGCUUAAGGUGUUAACUUCAAAUUUAAUUUAAGAUGGGUUAUCAGAAACAGGACUUGUUCAAAGCUGUUAUUUAAUGGACAUAGGUGGUGCUUAGUAGAUUUUCCCAAAUUUUGGCCAGAUAUUGAAGUUUUUUUUAGGAGCUAAUUACUGAGAUAUGCUUUGUGGACAUGUCUCAUUCACUGAGCUAAGAGGAGUACUGGGAAUAAAAGAAGCUUGUGGUCAACUA